UCUCGAGAGAGAGGCUAGCGAACUCGUUCCUUUUUUUCUGUCCCGAAGCCACAACGAUGCAGGCGCGAUGGUUCGCCAGCAUCGGUCGACAUUUGCUCUCCUCUUCCCGGCCUGCCUUCGCUGCUGCUCCCUUCCCGCAUCGAUGCCUCCGAUCAAUGGCGUUACCCGUAGAUCCUUCCAUUCGCAAGCCCGUUAUCAGUGACUUCAUUUCCGCAGCUCUCCGCGACCGGCCGCCGGUUUUAGGGUUUCACACUCCCUCUCGUCUUCUUCCGGCGACGCAGUCACGUUUUUAUGCGGUGAAGGAUAGAUCGAGGGCGCCGCGCACGCCAGUUACUUCUAAAGUGAAGAAAUAUAAGAUCAAAUCUUACUCAUCUUUUAAAUUCCGAUUUAGGACCAUGAACAAUGGACAAAUACGGAGAUGGAAAGCUGGAAAGCGGCAUAAUGCACACUUGAAGUCUAAGGAGGCGAAACGGAGACUAAGGAGGCCUGGAAUUGUGCAUGCAGCAUAUGCAAAGGUUAUGAAGAAGUUGAACUUUUGUGCCUAGGACUGACUGAAAGCAUGAUGAUUCUGUUUUGGGAAAGUCCACAUUUCUACCUCAAGAUUAGUAUUAAGCUGCUUGAUGUUCCAUGACUAUGAUCCUAAACUGCUCCCAUAAAGAAUAUGUUCCCUGGCUUUGCCUUAUUUGAAGAGAAAACACAUAAGCUGUUCAAAUUGUCAAAUUGUCUUACUUUUCUGGUACUCGAAACAAGUAACUCUCUUCAGAACUUCUGUUGCAGUACAAAUUUACAGAGCCCUUGAACACCA